AUGUCACUCAUUCCAAGCUUUUUCCGUGGUCGCCGAAGCAACGACUUCGACCCCUUUUCAUUAGACGUCUGGGAUCCAUUCCAAGGCUUCCCAUUCUCAAAUUCACUGGCUAACCUUCCUUCCUCUGCUCGUGAAACCUCUACUUUUGCCAACACUCGCAUCGACUGGAAGGAGACCCCACAAGCCCACAUCUUCACAGCCGAUCUUCCUGGAAUCAACAAACAAGAAGUCAAAGUUGAGGUUGAAGAAGGAAGAGUUCUGCAGAUCAGUGGAGAGAGAAGCAAAGAACAGGAGGAGAAGAACGACAAAUGGCAUAGAAUUGAACGAAGUAGUGGCAAAUUCAUGAGGAGGUUCAGGCUACCUGAGAAUGCUAAAGUCGAUGAGGUGAAAGCUAGUAUGGAGAAUGGAGUUCUCAUGGUGACAGUGCCUAAGAUGGAAGAGAAGAAGCCUGAAAUUAAAUCCAUUGAAAUCUCUGGUUGAAGUUCUAUGUUUCUCCCUGUUUUUCUAUGUCUGUUUACUCUAUGAUCAUGUUUUGUAAAAUCUCCUGUGGUUUAAAUUUCACUUUGGUUUAUACUAUCGUCUACUUAUUGAUCAAAGUAAACCAUCUUCUUCAAUAA